GGCCGGAGCGCGGCGGCGGCCGGGGCCGGGGCCGGGGCCGGGGCAGCGGCGCGGCGGCGGCGGGCCGGCGAUGUGAGGCGGCACGGCGCCAUGUCGGGGUGCGCGUGGGGCGCGGCGCCGCCGCUGCUGGAGGCGCUGGGCCGGCUCUGGGAGGUGCAGGCGCCGCUGGGCAGCGGCUCCUCGGCCUCGGUGUACCGGGUGCGCUGCUGCGGGGACCCCGGGCCCCCCCCCGGCGCCGUCAAGGAGUUCGUGCCGCCCCCGGGGCCGCGGCCCGGGCCCGCUCGCCGCCCCGGCGCCCGCCCGCCCGCCGCCGACUGCGCCGAGUACGGGUUCCGCAAGGAGCGCGCCGCGCUCGAGCAGCUCCGCGGGCACCGCAACAUCGUGACACUCUAUGGCGUGUUCACCAACCACUACUCUGCCAACGGGCCCUCUCGCUGUCUGCUGCUGGAGCUGCUGGACAUCAGCGUGUCCGAGCUGCUGCUGCACUCCAGCAACCAGGGCUGCUCCAUGUGGAUGAUCCAGCACUGUGCCCGAGAUGUCCUGGAAGCCCUGGCGUUCCUGCACCACAAAGGCUAUGUGCACGCAGACCUCAAGCCACGCAACAUCCUGUGGAGCGCAGAGGAGGAGUGCUUUAAGCUCAUUGACUUUGGACUCAGCUUCAAAGAGGGGAAUCAGGAUGUGAAAUAUAUUCAAACAGACGGGUAUCGGGCUCCAGAGGCAGAACUGCAGAACUGCCUGGCACAGGCAGGGCUCCAGAGUGAGACAGAGUGCACCUCUGCUGUGGAUCUGUGGAGUCUGGGAAUCGUUUUACUGGAAAUGUUCUCAGGAAUGAAACUGAAACAUACAGUCCAAUCUCAGGAAUGGAAGACAAACAGUUCUGCCAUCAUCGAUCGCAUCUUUGCCAGUGAGGGGGUGGUUAAUUCAGCCAUUCCAGCUUAUCACCUCAGAGACCUUAUCAAAAGCAUGCUUCAUUGUGACCAAGGAAAACGAGCCUCUGCUGAGAAGGCUUUAUGCAGCCCAUUCUUCAGCAUUCCCUUUGCUCCCCAUAUUGAAGACUUGGUGAUGCUCCCCACACCUGUGCUGAGGCUGCUAAAUGUUCUAAGUGAUGCUUCUCUGCAGUGUGAAGAAGAAUAUGAAGAUAUCCUGGAAGACAUAAAGGAGGAGUGUCAGAAAUACGGACCAGUGGUUUCCUUGCUUAUUCCAAAGGAGAAUCCUGGUAAAGGCCAAGUCUUUGUUGAAUAUGCAAAUGCUGGUGAUUCCAAAGCUGCCCAAAAAAUGCUGACUGGAAAGAUUUUUGAUGGCAAGUUUGUUGUGGCUACGUUUUACCCACUGAGUGCCUAUAAGAGAGGAUAUCUGUACCAAAACUUGCUGUAGGCAGUAGCAACAAUCAGGAGAGUUGUCUUGCUCCUCUUCGUGUUUUACAACUGAAUGUGCAAAAGAGCUUCCUA